AUGCCUAGCAUGAAAUCGACUCGGAGCCGCGCGGGCGGCGCUGACCGCGGCGGUAUCCGCAAGCGGGGUCCUACGCGUACCGACCGUGACGGUGAUAUGGAGAUGGAUGGACCAGGCCGUGGCAAAAGGACGCGAGGCGACACCGGUCGCGCGACUGGCGGUGGCCGAGCUCAAACUCGAGACAAGACCAUGGAUGCGAUCCAGAAGGCGAUUUCCAGCAGCACCAAGGAGUCGCAGGCAAACAUCCGGCAGUCGAAGGGCGCGGCACGAACCAGCCUAGAGCAGUUUCGUGUGAGCGGUUGGAAACAGAGCAAGGCAGCAUCCAACCGAGACGGCGGCGUCGAAAGUCUCGUCGCAUUCCUCGAACGACGACUGAACGCAAUCACAAAAUCAGGCCCCCGCGCAAAAAUCACAAAGUCGCGGGUUGAAGGCGACUCCCUCGUGGUGUCUGUUCGCCCCGAACUCGCAGAAAGAAUGCUCCGGAUCAAUGGCAACCAGUUCGCAGGCGUCCAGAUCGCUAUCGAGCCACAGACUGCUGACGGAUCCUUGGACCACGAGCUAGCUGCGACAACUGGCACCUCCGCUGCUACCGCAGAUACCAAAUCCAAGAUGACAGCCAUUCUGGCCAAGCGCUAUUACCCAGACACCAAACUGCUGGACCUUUCGAAGCUCGGAACCGAUCCGGAUUUGCAGGCAAUGGGCAUAUUCAACAGCACCUCGACCGAAUCCAAGUUCUUUCCUGCCCUCAUGAAAGUCUGGGAGAUGGGUUUCACGAGUUCGGCGCAGCGGCGCGAAGCGGUCCAAAGUGUCAGCCUUGCAGACAACCAGCUUGCAACCAUCUCCGUGGUUACGACUCUCUCUCAGACAAUCCCGGACCUCAAGAAUCUGGACCUCUCAAACAACAACUUUAAAGAUAUGCACUCGUUAAUUGCGUGGCGGUGGAAAUUCCGAUCCCUUGAGUUUCUUGAUCUGAACGGCAACCCUUUCAGCGCGGACCCGGGCUUCAAGGAUACCAUGCUCAAGUGGUACCCCAAACUGCGGUUCCUGAACCAUGUGGAGGUUCGAACGGCGGAGGACAUUGCUGCUCAGAAGAAGACACCGAUCCCCGUCCAAGCUCCUUACUUCCAGGACGAAUCCCAAAUCGGUGAGAACUUUGUGCGUGCUUUCUUCGUCGGCUAUGACAACGACCGCAACGAUCUCCUCAACGGCGUAUAUGACAACCACUCCACCUUCUCUCUCAAUGUCAACACUCAGGCACCCAAAGCGCAACAUACCGAAACCGCUGGUUGGGACCCUUACAUCAAGAAGAGCCGCAACCUUUUGAAAAUCAGCCAUCUCCCCGCACGCAUGUCGCGUUCCUAUGUCGGCGCAGACAGCAUCCGCGAACUUUGGAACACCCUCCCACCUACCCGGCACCCCGAUAUGGCCGCUCAUCCGGAGGAAUGGCUCAUCGAAUGCCAUCCCAUUCCUGGACUUCCCGACCCCAGUGGGCAGAGCGAAUCCGGCGUGGGCGGCUUACUGGUCAUGGUGCAUGGCAAGUAUGAGGAAAGCGUCGCAAAUAAAGUGGAGAUCCGCAGCUUCGACCGCACCUUCAUCCUCGGUCCCGGUGGCGGCGUUGGUGGUAUCCGAGUGAUCAGCGAUAUUCUGUGUCUCCGCGCAUACGGCGGCCAUGAGGCGUGGAGUCCCGAGAAUCAGGCCAUUCCCCAGGCCCCGGCUCCGGCUGCGUCUCAGACCCCGGUGCCCGUGGCUCAACCCGGAGUGCCCGACGGUUAUGGUGCUCCGGGGCCCGGCAAAACCGACGUUCAGGUCCAGCAAGAGCAAUUGGUCGCUCAACUUAGUGCGCGAUCGCGCAUGACCCUGCAGUUCUCGGAGAUGGCUCUGUCGAGCAACAACUGGAAUCUGGAAACUGCCUGGCAGAAUUUUGAGCAACUGAGGGUAGUCCAGUCGACUACAACGCCGUCCGAUGCGCACGACGACGAAAAACCGCCGUCCUACCCGGGUCCUCAGCAACCGUCCCCAGCCGCUUUACCAAUUGCCAAUCAAGCCCAGCCCACGGAGCAGAUGAAGUCGACUGUGUACGUCUAA